CAGAGAGUUACAGUGCAGAAGACAAGUACAAAAUUUGGAUGAGGCAUCGAUACAACAGUUGCGUACAUUGUUUGGGGGAACUGAUGGGCCAUGAGUCUUUCCAAGUCCAGGAAUCUGCCCUCUGCACCCUGAUGAAAUUUGUUGAAUUGGAAGCCAAGCACCCUCUGGUCAAGAACGAGUGGCGGUUUAACUUCCCGCGAGAACUUUUAAAAGUGGUUGUGGAUGGCUUAAUCCCGGUGGAAGACAAUUCUUCGCUCUUGAUUUCUCGCUUCCAAGAAUACUUGGAACGUGACGAUGUCCGGUUCUUUGUGAUGAAGUCAGUGGCGGAAAACGUGGGUAGCGUCAUGCCGAAGACCAAAAAAGGUGCCACUUCCAGUGUACCAGAAAAACGCCUUUGCCCUCAUUUCAUCUAUUUCCAUGCCGAGCGAGGAGAGCGAGAUACAGAACUUCCUAGUGAGAAACA